AUGUUGUCAUUCAUACUGGUGGCGCUCGAUUUGCGCGCUGUGUUUGCGAGGGCGAAUGAGGUCUUCCCUACUCUGGUCAACAUUACCAAUCCGCUGGCGCUAGCGGUUCAGCCCGUGUGUGGAUCUUUGAGCUCAGCGAACUACACGGAGGUCAAUGCGGGUAUUUCUCUCAACACCACCAAAACCGUUGUAGCCUUCGCGAAUGGUACGGUCCCUGUACCUCCUGUCUUAUGGCCACCCUUACCUUCUGCGGGCUCGCGCACGUCGGAGAAUCGCCGGGCUUCCAAUGGUUAUAUCUGGGUCGAGAAUCUAGCUACGUCAUUGAGUGCUAAGCUACUAGACUACGCUUGGGGCGGGGCGGUGAUAGAUCGAGCCGCAUGGAACACGACACGCAACGUCACGCAAACGGCUCGCACAGACUUCAAUGACGAGAUGCGGCUCUUCUUUGUCCAAGGAACCGUCUUGGAUCCAUUGACGCCGGAAACCACCUUGUACACGGUAGCUUUUGGCAUCAAGUAUGGGCUCCUCUAA